AUGCAAGAUUCCAAGAAGGGAUUUUUUCCCAUUCAACAAGGUGUAUAUCUCAGCAAGACGCAGUGUCCUAAAACACCUACUGAGCUUGAGAAGAUGAACAAGAUCCCAUUUUCUUCUACUAUAGGAUCUAUCAUGUAUGCCAUGGUAUGUACACGUCCAGAUGUUACAUAUGUUUUGAGCAUGUGUAGCAUAUACCAAUCAAGUCCUGGAGAAGCACACUGGAGUGCAGCUAAGAAUAUCCUGAAGUACUUAAGAAGAACAAAGGAUGAUUUCUUAGUAUAUGGGGGAGAAGAAAAAUUGAUCGUACAAGGCUAUACUGAUGCAAGCUUUCAGACUGACCGAGAUGGCUUUGAGUCUCAAUCGGGUUAUGUCUUUAUCCUUAACGGAGGAGCUGUGAGCUGGAAGAGCUCCAAGCAAGGUACUAUAGCAGAUUCUACAACAGAGGUUGAGUACAUUGCUGCUAGUGAAGCAGCAAAGGAGGCCGUUUGGAUGAGGAAGUUCCUAGAUGAACUCAGUGUUGUUCCUAGCAUUUCAAUGCCUAUCAACAUUUAUUGUGACAACAAUGGUGCCAUAGCUCAGGCAAAGGAACCGAGUUCGAGCUCCAAAUCCAGAAACGUUAUGAGAAAGAUGUGUAAGGUGCAUACUGAUGACAACAUUGCAGAUCCAUUAACCAAACCUAUGCCUAGGACCAAGCAUGAGAGUCACAUUAGGGCUAAGGGUCUCAAGCACAUUGGAGAAUGGCUUUGA